GUUUUCGGUUGUUGCGGAUUCAGCAUGGCGGCCUCCGCUGUGACAGCGAGCGGCGCUACAUUCCUCAGCCGUUUGGUUGGACAUAUUCAUUCGAGGUUUCUCGCCCCCUGCUCGCAGGUGUCUUGUCUCCACACUGCUGCAGUAUUAAACACCAAGAACUGGGAGAGGAAAAAUCGUAUUGUAUAUCCGCCUCAGCAGAAAGAUGAGCCCCCCAGACCAGCUGAGAUAUUUCACUGCAGACACCAAAUUAAGUACAGCAAAGACAAGAUGUGGUAUCUGGCUAAGCUGAUCAGAGGAAUGACCAUCGACCAAGCCCUCGCUCAGCUCGAGUUCAAUGACAAGAAGGGAGCCAAAGUAAUAAAAGAGGUUCUUUUAGAAGCCCAAGAAAUGGCUGUGAAGCACCACAAUGUUGAAUACAAAUCGAAUUUAUAUGUUGCCGAGUCCUUCUCAACCAAAGGCAAAUAUCUCAAGCGCAUUCGCUACCACGGCCGAGGUAUGUUCGGCAUCAUGGACAAAGUGCACUGCCAUUAUUUUGUGAAGCUGGUGGAGGGCGUGCCUCCCACAGUGGAGCAGAAGACUGCAUUCGACCAGGCCAAGGAGUACGUUGAACAGCUGAAGAGCCGGACGAUCAUCCACUCCCUCUAACUUGAACGCCUACUUGCCAAGCUCAUGUGCUCAUGUAAAUAGUAAUGGAAUAAACAGAUUGCUUCUGCUGUUUGAAAACAUC